GCCCGGGAACGCGAGAGGCGCGCGGCGGAGGCCCGCGAGCGGCGCGAGAAGGCCGCGCAGGAGGCCGCCGAGGCCGAGAAGGCGCUGCAGCAGCGCGAGGCGGAGACCCGCGACAGCCGCAUCCGCGCCAGCGUCGAGGCGGCCAAGAAGCAGCAGGCCGAGCGCGAGAAGGCCAAGGCGGCGAAGGAGUCCUCGAGCCUCUACGCGGACAUGCCGCAGCCGGACUCCAAGGACACUCCUCCCAGGGGGAGGAGGCGAUGGUGCGCGAGAAGGGGCACAACUUCGCAGGCCUGCCGCCCGAGGAGCGCAGCAAGGUCAUUUUCCUGGACAUCGACGGCGUCCUGCGACCUGCGCGGGCGGGCGGCUUCGACAUCCUGUCCGUGGAAGGUGAGGACACGGGCAAGGUGGACACGUCCGACUUCUUCCCUUCCGCGGUCAAGGCCCUGCGGCACAUCGUCGAGCGCACGGGCGCCAUUAUCGUGCUCUCGACCGAGUGGAGGCGCAGCGAG